AUGGCACCAUCGUCAUCGUGCUUCUUCAGCUCUCCAGUCUGUAUCUCCCUCAAGAUUGACCCCCACCCAAAACAGCACCCGAGCAGCUCGUAUAACAAUAGGAUAAACCAAAGAUUUUCUCUUCAAAGAGCAAAAACUAAAUUGUUUGGCCAGCCAGUGGUAGAAAAGGAAAUAAACCAAUGUAUCAGCUGGAAUCACCAUGGAGGCUCGAGAACCGUUCCUGGAAGAAUUAUUUUCCGCACCAAAAGCUUGACGGUUAAUGCUUUAUGGAUGCCAUGUUCCCAGAUUGCGAGCAGUGCUUUUACGUUGGGGACUGCAGCUGUUCUUCCAUUUUACACCUUCAUGGUGGUCGCACCUCAAGCUGAAUUCACAAAGAAAGUUGUGGCAAGCAGCAUACCUUAUAUUGUUCUCGGUGUAUUAUAUGCUUACCUUCUUUACCAGUCAUGGUCACCUGAUACGAUCCGUCUGAUGUUUGGCAGUAAAUACUGGCUGCCUGAGUUGCCUGGUAUAGCAAAGAUGUUCUCGAGUGAGAUGACUUUGGCUUCAGCUUGGAUUCAUUUGUUAGCUGUGGAUCUUUUUGCCGCGAGGCAAGUUUAUUUCGACGGAUUGCAAAAGAAAAUCGAGACCCGACAUUCGGUUUCUCUUUGCCUGCUGUUUUGUCCCAUUGGAAUUCUUGUUCAUUUUCUUACAAAAGCUAUGACUGGAUUUUUUAAUAAAAAAUCUACAGGGAAUUGA